GUUGCAAGCCGAAGAAGAGGCAAUGCCAGAAUCGACUGGCUGACUCGCUCUGGAGGAGCUGUUGUACAUAUAAUUUACAUUUCUCAACACAUUGAGAUCGCAGAGCUUCUUGUCUCCCCACUCAAAGUGCUCCAUUCGGCUGAAAUCAUGUCCUCCUUCGCCCGCCUCAUUCGCUUCAUUCCUUCUGGCGCUUCGCGUCCCCUCAUCGGCGAGCCUGUCGAUGCAGCGCUGGACGUGGGUCUUGCCUCGCUCAGCUCAAGCAGCGCCAUCAAGGUCGAAGUCUUCUCGGGCUCUUCGGUGCUGAACCCGGGAAAGAAGACGGGACAAAUUGAGACGGUACAGAGGUUGUUGAGUCCGCUGGCUAUGGAGGAGGUGGGAUCGAUUCGCUGCAUUGGUACCAACUACCGGAAACACGCCGAGGAGGUGAAGCUGCCGAUGCCGAAAGUCCCCAUCUUGUUCCUCAAGCCUGAAACCUCGCUCAACGACCCAGCACCAGCCAAGGUGGUCAUUCCGAAGGACUUUGUCAAGGACGAUGCUGCUGACUGGGAGUCUGAGCUGGCAAUCGUCAUCGGUAAAACAUGCAAGGACGUGCCCGAGUCCUCCGCCCUAGACUACCUUCUCGGCUAUACUGCCGCCAACGACAUUUCAUCACGAGCAGCCCAAUUCGAGCAGAGCCAGUGGUGCUACUCCAAGGGCUUCGAUGGCGCUUGUCCGAUCGGACCUGCAUUGGUGCACAAGGACCAAGUUAAGGACAUCGGUGAUCUGAGAGUUCGUGGACUGCUGAAUGGAAAUGUUGUGCAGGAUGGCACGCUUGAUGACCUCAUCUUCUCGGUGCCCAGAAUCAUCUCGUUCCUGUCACGAGGUACCACAUUGAGGCCAGGCACCGUAAUUCUUACCGGUACUCCCGCAGGUGUAGGCUGGAGCAUGAGCCCGAGGACAACGAUGAAGGACGGCGAUGAGUUCCGUGUGGAGAUCAGUCACGGCGUCGGCACUCUGGUCAGCCCAAUUGUUGCAGAGAAGUGA